CAUCAUUGAAUUAACCAACCACGAAUCUUAUCACUCCGUCAGCUGGAAAUUUUGUGAAUGCGUAAUAAAAUAGUGUUUAUUUAUAAAUCUACACAUAGUUAUCAAAAUGGCAACAGGAGUAAAACCUCGUGAUGAAGAAUCACAACUUACUAGAUCGGAUCUUGAGGCAAUACAGGACGCAAUGAAGAAUAAGAAAUUUCGAGAACUGCUAACCGAAUACUGCGAGGAAGUACGUGACCCGGCGAACCGAGCGUUGUAUCAGAAAGAAAUGACCCAACUUGAAAAGGAACGUGGCUACGAUGUCACUUUCAUCAAUCCAAAAGGAGGUUAUGUUAUCAAAACUAGCGUCGCUGGCGACAGGAAAGCAUUUAUCAAUAUCUGCAGCAACGAAAAUGUCGAUAAGCCGUCAUGUAGUGUUCAAGAAAUAAAUGGAAAAAAAGGUAUGAACUGGUUAUUGCCGUACUCAUUAAUACCUCCGAGAGAAGAUUACAAUAGUAAAAAAGAGCGUUGUGUUAUUUAUGAUGUGGUCUUCCAUCCCGAUACCUUGCGCAUGGCGGAGGUUAACAAACGGUUUCGUGAAUUAGUAAACAAGACCGCAUUCGACGGUUUACAAAAUACAUACAAUAUUCAUUUGGACAGUAAUAAUUUACGUUUUCCCAAGUCUCAUUACAAAGGAAUGAUGACACCUGCUGUAAUUAGGAAAGAGGACCCCAAUUAUGAACCACCAGUUGAUCACGAAUCUGAUAAUUUAUCACCGGAAGUUUUAGAAAAACUUUACCCCCAGCAUAUCUAUAAUGAAAAAAAUGAUAAACCUGUAGAAUCGUCAUCACAACAACAGAAAAGACAAGGUAGGAAAGGUAAGGAAGAAUUUACACACUCUACUGAAAAUGGAUACUCCAUCCCAAAAUAUGUUAUAAAGCAACAAAAGAAUGUUGACCUUCAAGAGUUUACUUAUCACAAAGACAGUAAAAAAUAUUUUGCAAUUCCCAGUCACAUAGUUAUUGAAGUGAAUCUACCUAUGCUCUCAUCAACUAGAGAUUGUACUUUGGAUGUAAAGGAGAAAUCUUUGAGUCUAAUAUCAGAAAAACCAGCUAAGUAUAAACUAAAUCUCACUCUACCAUACCUUGUGAAUGAUGAGUGUGGUAAUGCUAAGUUUGAUAAAUCAAAGCGCAUGCUUAUAGUGACAUUACCAGUUAUAAAAAAGAAUGACAAUAAUUAUAUAAAUUCAUUAAAAGUAGACAGUGGAGUUGAAAGUGAAGAAAACUCCUGUUCACAAAGUGAUGAGGAUUGCAUUGAGGGCUUGGUUGCUGAGUUACCAUCACCUGUUGCAUCUCCUUUAGUGAAGAAUUGUGAUCACCCUAAUGCAAGACCUAUGGAGGAUCCAUUCUUAGUGUCUUCUCUUAAAUAUACAUUACCAUCCUACACACACAAUGUUAUGGAUGACAUUGUAGCAUUUACUUUCCAUGUAAAAAACACUGACCCUGAUUCAGUAAAAGUAAAAAAUGAUGCCAACAAAAUUUUCAUAACAUUUACAUCAAUAGGGUCAGGUUUUGUUCCAAUACAUUAUGCAGCAAUUAUUAUAUUUGAUGACCAAAUUAAGUUUGAAAAUGUGAAUGGAGAAGCAUGGGAUAAUAAUGUUAUCUUACAGUUGGAAGUUGCAGGUGAUUUACCUCAGAAGUUUAAAAUUGGUUUAAGUGAAGAAUCAUUUACCAGUGAAUAUUUUGAUAUGUCUCAGGUGAGUAGGACUUCUAAACCUACAUUUAUUAGUGAAACAAAACAGCAUCAGGUAGAAGAUACAACCCCUGUUGUUGAAGUGACAAAUUUAGGUACAGAAACUAAUAUUGUAGUUUCUUCAAGCAAUAUUGAUUACAAUGAUGAUAAUUUAGAAAGUCCAACCAUAAAAGAUGAAGAUAUCAUGUGGACAGAGACUGAGAAUGAUAGUGGAGCAAAAAGUAUACUCCGAAAACCAAUAUCUAUGAUAAGAAGUUACUCUGAGUCAAGUAUGGGAGAUGUUGCAUCAUCUAUGGAUUACAUAAGUUCAGACUGCAUACCAGAGGAAUCUAGUUUAAAAAAGACUGUUAGAUUUAAUGAUGUCAUUGCAAGACAAUUCUACAGAUAUAAUUCCUCCAUAGAAGGCCAAAAAAAGAAAAAUCAAAGAAGGAAAAGCAAAAAGCGGAAUCAAGAUCGUCGUAAGAGUGAAAGUGAGGCUGAGGAUGAUGUUACCAACACAAAUAUGACUUCAAAACCAAGGUUGAAAUCUGCUCUCAAACAAAGACAUGACAGUGGGCUGGCGGAUACUUCAGAUGCUGAAGCAGAUUAUAAAUCGACGCCAAUGGAUUCACCUAGUUCCCCAUCGAUUUUCAAUUUUUCCAAUGGUGAUAAAUAUAACUCAAAUAUGUAUGACGAUGACUCCAAAAAUAAUACACCUGACGAGAAAAUUAAGUCAGUUUUAAACAUAGAUUAUAAAGCAAAAGCACCUUCAGAACCUACAAUAUGGGAGUCGUCAAGUGAAUCCACAAAAAUACCAAAAAGACCAGAAAAAUCCCAACUAUUUAAUAAUGUAACCUGUGAUAACAUCAAGCAUAAUACCGAUCUAUAUAACCCAGAUAAUUUGAAUAAAGGACAGUACCUAGAGGUGGCAUUUAAAAAUGAUCUUAUAUUUGAUUUGGAUAUGUGAGGUUUGCCAUGUAUCUUGUUGUUGAAAUCUUUAAAGAAAAUAUAUAUUAUUGAAAUAAUUUGACUAUAUAGAAGUAAAAGUAGAAUUCGAAAUUUAUCAUUAUUUACAGUUCCUUUGCAUUGUGAAGAUAAUUAAGAAUUGUUUGUUGGAUGUGUUAGUUUAUGGCAAUGGUUUAUAAAUAUUAAUGUUCGGGCUCGAAUAUAUAUUGAAUAGGAUAGUUAGACUAUAUUAAAGUCAGGAUUGGAUUGCCCCAGAUCUAGAAAAAUAAAAAAAAUACCAAAUGGAGUGUUUGUUAAAUUGAGCAUUAUAUUUGAGGCGACUACAGCCGAGCCUUUGAUCCCAGUGUGUUCAACCGUAAAUGUCAAUUAUUAUUUUAUUCAUUAAAUACUAUUAAGUUGGUAAAAUGUUUGCAUGAAUUUGCCUUUUGGUAUUGUUUAUUUUAUCUAUGUUGACAUUAAAUUAAAAAAUAGAUUCAUAUACUUAACUGUAAUUGAAAUAAAAUUAAUAUUAUGCUCAUUUUAGACAAUAUAUAGUAGAAAAAUGCAUUUAAUGGUACAAAUUAGAUACGUAAUUUACUGAUGUUAUGUACGUCAACAAUUAGGGAUUUAAUUCUAAGGAAGAAUUUUGAGCCUAAGUUUUAAUCGUAUUAAGGUAUUGCACUACACGAUUUAGGAUUAAAGUUUACCCAUUAAAAUAUUCAAAAAGUAACUAAGAAGGCUCCUAAAUAGGCUCCAUUUUCUAAUGUAAUGUUUUAGUAGGUCACAUAUAUUUGUAACACUUGCAAUUUUGUAAUCAUUUUACACUUACCUACACAUUAGUAUAUUUAUAUAAAAAUAAAUAUAAGUCCAGUCCAUAAUUGGUGUAAUAAAUUUUUGUGCGUUUUACUCAUUAAAAAUUACAUUUAUUGUAACAAAACACCAACCAAUGAAUAUUUAUGUUACUUACUUAGUUCUGUAUCUAUUGUCAUA